AUGACACAUAGCCUUUUUAUAAGCAAUAAUCUUAUUUAUCAGUUUGCUUAAAAUAAAUACAUUUUCCACCUUUAUUUGUCAUAAAUUCAUUUUUACCCAUAUCGAUUUCGCAGUCAUAAAACUUUGAGCUCUCUCUCUCUCUCUCUCUCUUUCCUUCUAUCUCAUUUGAGAACUUCACUUAGAGCUUUUACUCAAAUCGUCUCAUCUGGCAACGCUGUGAGUCUAUAUAAAGUUCAUACAAGCGCGAGCUCUCAUCAGUGGUGGUCCGAUUUUCGUGAAGCGCAAUUCAAGCAACCCAAUCUCUAUUCAAAAUGGCAUCUUUCGUUGGCAAGAAGUACAAACUGGACAAGUCCGAGAACUUCGAUGAGUACAUGAAGGAGUUGGGUGUCAACAUGGUGCUGCGCAAGAUGGGCAACUCGGUUAGCCCCACUGUGGAGGUUACCGUGGAUGGUGAUACAUACACCAUGACGACCACAUCGACUUUCAAGACCUCUGCCAUUAGUUUCAAGCUGGGCGAGGAGUUCGAUGAGGAGACUCUCGAUGGCCGCAAGGUCAAGAGUAUCAUCACCCUCGAUGGCAACAAGCUGACCCAGGAGCAGAAGGGUGACAAGCCCUCGACCAUUGUGCGCGAGUUUAGCGACAGCGAGCUGAUUACCACGCUGACCAUUGGCGCCGUGAAGAGCGUGCGCGUCUAUAAGGCAGUCUAAGGAGCAUUUUUCACUGCGCGCAACAUGACUGAAUUUUCUAUCGAUUGUCUAAACAGCUUUUGCAUUACGAACUAACUAAUUCCCCAGUUUAGUAAUAAUACGUACAUAUAUUGUUAUUGAUUAACAGCUAAAUGAAAAGAACUGCACAUUAAUUCUAAUGUUUAUUUAUAAACACAUGCAGCUGCAUUAAGCAUCUGAAUGACAUCUGAAAAACUUUCAAAAUGCAUUUGAAUAAAACUAAAAUUUCGCUUAAA